AUGCGUAAUCUCCCAGAUGAUCUACUGUUGAAUUGCUUAGCUCGCGUCUCGAGAUUGCACUACCCGAUCCUCACCUUAGUCUCCAAGAGAUUCCGCUCUCUCGUCGCAUCGAUUGAGCUUUACUCCACCCGAACGCUCUUACGCCGCACCGAGAGCUGUCUCUAUCUCUGCUUAAGCUUCAGCUCCAUAUUUCAAUUCGAGCCUCCUAAGCCACGUUGGUUCACUCUCUGCCAAAGACCAACUCGAAUCCCUAAACCUAGCUCAGGACGGUGCUUCAGAAGAAAGCUCGAGGAGAAGAAGAAGAAGAAGAAGCCAAAGCCAAUUGAUUACCUGAUGGUCUCAGUCCCGACUCACAAUUUCUCUCCUCGGAAUCACACUUGGAACGAAGCGCCAAGCAUGCGGAUGAUCAGAGAGUACCCAAUCGCGAGUGUUGUUGAUGGGAAAAUGUAUGUACUGGAUGGCUUAGCCGGUCCCGGUUCUUUGGAUUCGAUCGAGGUUUUCGAUCUGAAAACCCGAAUGUGGGAGGAUUUGCCGAGUCCUAGAGCAGAGAUAUUCGAGGGGAGUUUGGUAUUGAGGAGCUUGGGCAUGAAUGGGAAGCUUUACGUGUGUGGCACAGGUAAAAGUAUGGUGUACGAGCCUAAGGAAGAUAAGUGGGAUGUGGUGGUGGUGGAAGAGUCGGUGAAGCCUCCGUUUUUCUCUUCUUGCGUUGUUGUGAACAACGUAAUGUACAGUCCGAUGAUGUCGGAGAUGAUCCAUUGGUACGAUUCUGUGGGAAGGUCGUGGAGAGUCUUGAAGGGUUUGGAAGAGCUUCCUAAGCUGCCAAAGCGGUGCAGUCGUGUUAAGUUGGUGGAUUAUGGUGGUAAGAUUGCGGUUUUGUGGGUGAAGAAAGUGCGUUCUGCUGUUGGAUUUGGCAAGAAGAGGAUUUGGUGUGCUGUGAUUGCGGUUGAAAGGCGAAGCAGCGACGACGAACAAGAAGAGGUUUAUGGGAAGAUUGAGUGGUGUCAUGUUGUGCUUACAGUUCCCAAAUCAUGUCAUUUGUUGGAUUUACUCCCUGUUAAGGUUUGA